GUUUUAUUUUAUUUUCAGAGAUGUCUUGUUUUCAAGUAUGCCCGUUGUAGACAGCGAAUGUCAAACAGAGGAUCUGCCUUUGUUGGACAUUAGGUAUUCAUAUAAUCAUCCUCCAGACAAGUUAUCAUCAAGCACCAAGUCUUCAUAUUGGCUUUUCCCAAGAGUUCCUCACAUUUUACACACACCUAAAGCAGCUUUUAUGUCAAAAAGAGUUAAAAAAUGUCUUCUCCUGUUAAUAUCUCUUAUUGUUUUUGGCUUACUAGGCAUGCUUUAUGCUGGUCACUAUUUUUCUUCAACUGCAUCAAAUACAAGGGUUGGACCACUAAAAAAUAGUCUUGUUGCAUUGGACAAUUUGCUGCUAAGUUUAGAUCAGCCAGGCAAGCCUCUGAGUGACUCACACAGGUCAGACAGCAAUCCAUCAUAUGAAGAUGUGGUGUCGAAAGACUUCCAGUUUGACAUCAGUGGACAUGACGUGAUGGUCUUCCUGCACAUACAAAAGACUGGAGGCACUUCAUUUGGCAAACAUUUGGUCAGAGAUCUCGACAUACAGCGAAGCUGUCAGUGUCACAGCAAAAUCCGGAAGCGUUGCACAUGCCUGCGUCCUGGUCCGCACUCGGACGAGACGUGGCUGUUCUCGCGGUACAGCACGGGCUGGCAGUGUGGCCUGCACGCUGACUGGACUGAGCUGAUGGCCUGUGUUGAUGACACCAUGAACAACAUGGAGGCCUCCAACAUCAGGCGCAAGUAUUUCUACAUCACGUUCCUACGCGACCCCGUUCACCGUUUUCUGAGCGAGUAUCGUCACGUCAAGCGCGGUGCCACCUGGAAGAACGCUCGUCUUGCCUGCGGUGGCAGAGAGGCAACUAAGAUAUUUGGAAAAGGCGAGAAGCCUGAGGGAGAAAAGGAGGAUGAUAUGAGCGGGGUCUUGACUCUUGAGGAGAUAGAAGAGGCAAAGGUGAUAAUUUUAGAUAGAAGAGGCAAAGGUGAUAGAAGAGGCAAAGGUGAUCUAUCAAAGGUGAUAGAGGAAGGCAAAGUGACAGACCUGCUGCUGGUGGGCUGCUACAACAAGUCCGUGAUGUCUCCAGCCAAGCGAGACGACCUUAUGCUCCUCAGCGCCAAGAGGAACCUUAACCUCAUGGCCUUCUUCGGCCUUACCGAGGAGCAGGAGAAAAGCCAGUACCUUUUCGAGGAGGUCUUCAACUUGCGCUUCAGCAUCCGCUUCGAGCAGUACAACAAGACGCUGGCAGACAUGUCCCUGACGCAUCUACCACCAGCGACCAUCAGCCGCAUCAAGAGCCUCAACCACCUGGACAUGCAGCUCUACGACUACGCUAGGCAGCUCCUGCGACUGCGCUUCGAGAAGCUCUCGGCACAGGACAAGGAAUUCAACAAGCACUUCUCGGGCAUGGGGCACGCAGACUUCUCAUGGGAUGCCAUCGAGAACGCCGCGUGAAUGCCUGCAGUCUCCCCUGACUACCUACACAUUCAUUCGUUUAUUGAUGAGAACAGUCGCGUAAAAAUUGAGAAUGUGGGAAAGUGCCGAGGUGUUUACACGAAAAUGUCUUUGAUUGCCGGCAGGGAUUAUGCAGUUCAUAUAAUUUUAAAUGACGUGCUUUACAAAAAUAUUUACUUGCAAGUAUUAUCCGGAGUUAUGGCAUGAUAUGUUGUUUUUUUUAGCAGCUUGACUAGUUCAAAUUAUCCUUACAUCUUUAAUUUAUCUUUAUUCUUUACAUAUGUCCACGCAACCAAUACCUACGCAAUAACAUACGGUUGUUUGUUGCAAAAAACUGCAGUUUUGUGUUCCGUUUAAGGUGUACACGUUCCUACUGGAGGAAUAUAUGUUGCAGAGUAUACGUUUGUAAAAUUAGCUAUAAAGUAAUGUUUUCUUGUUUAAGAAUGUAAUUAGGCAUUUGAAGCUUCAUUGGUAUAUAUGGCAGCAGUAUUACUGCACAGGCAGCCUUGCGGCUGUUCCCCCGUACCUAACCUCCAUCAAAACUGUCGCUGACAACUGCAACUGCAGAUUGGAUUAUAGUUGCAUCACCCUAUUAUAAUUUCUUCCUGUAGGUGUGUUUAUUUAUUUAAGCUGCUUCAUGCGUUUGUAACGGUUAUCGUAUGUGUUCUGAUCCCUGCCAAACAUCUGAAAUUGUUCUUGGUUUUGCAGCUCUUUUAGGUCUUUGCGGAUGGUUACUUAGAUGAAUGCUUCCUAUUUUUGUAUAGAUUCCAGUAUAGGAACCUAUUUCAAUUUCUACUCAUAUUUUUUCGUGUUGUAAUGCUCAGUUGACAAUAGAUUUCCAUUGAGAUUUUAUUCAGAGUUUUACUCGUUUUUUUAUAAGAGAUGGAAUUUAUAAAUCGAUUUCUUGCUCCACGUGGGCUUGAGUGGGCUUGUGUGCUCCAAUGACGAAGGUGAGUGUCGAGCUGAUCACUCAGAAGAAUGAGUGAAUAUUUGUCCAAAUAUCAAUGCCCUUUUUGUCCUCUAGAGGGCCAUGCUGACCUAAUUUGUACAGGCAAACGUGCGUAUCGUUAUUUUUCUUGAUUCAGUUAACACAGACCUAAAGCCAGCCAUAUUUGUAUCUCAUUGUACGGACAUGUUUAAUAGGUAUUGUUUAAAGGACGAACUUUCUUGUUGCAAUAACAAUACGUGGCAUCAUACGUUCACGGUUCGAGGGAUGGGCAAAUAUGACAAACCUGUAGUAAUGAAGUUGGUGUCGUGAAUUGAAUAAUAACUAAUUUUGUAAAAUACAAAGAUGCAUGGUAAUUGACGAGGUAUUUAUAACAAGCUUUAUGUGCUUGCACCAUGAGUGUUUUCUUUCAACUGAGGACAAGAUGAAAUGUUGGUGUAAAUCUGAUCUCAGCACCAGCAGAAAUUGUCAUCGAUUGUUUCCUCAGUGAGCUUUUUCUUGCGUUGGUGCUCUACUUAGUAUGGUGCCAUAGUAUACAUAGUAUAGUAUACAAGUUUAUUUAAGGGCCAGUCUGGCUAUCCUGGAAUGACCGAUUACUCUUUCAUGAUACGAAGCUUCUUGAAGAUGUUGGGCUUCUAUUUUUUAAUGUAGAUUUCUGUUAUUCAUUAAUUUUAAAUCUUUGAGUACUUAUAGUCUAUUUUACAUUUUUAAUUUGUAAAUUCCAGGUAAAUGGCUCAUCGGGGAUUUAAUAUUUGUCAUGUUUUGCUUGUUGCAAGAGUGCUGGGUGAACGAGAGCCUGCUGCAUCUAAACCUUAUUGCUAGCAAGGCUCAAACCUCCCGAAUUUAGCUGUACUGAUUUGUCCCAUAUUGGGAAUGGAGCUGCUACGUUCAAUUUUGCAAAACAUGCUGGCUGUAAAAUUUUUGCUACAAAUUGAUGAAAAGAUUCACAACUCUCCUAUCUUUAUUUAACUUUUUUGUUUUACAUUUAUAUUUUAGCAUAAGCAUAAUUGUUAAUCCAUUAAACUGAUAAAUGAUUAGCCUGAGAGCUGACUAUACUGAAUGACAUUAUUGGAACUCUAGGAGGACAUAAUGUUACUGCUUGACUGUCUCGUGACUGUGCUGUAACUGCUCCUUCAUAAACUGUAACUUCAUGUAACUACUACUGGAUAACUUCAGUUGCAUCGCGUCUUUUCUCUCCUAGCCAAAAAUUGAUCGUCAGUUUGCACAAAUGCACAAAUUAAAUACUCCUAGCGCUCCUAAUAACAUUCCUGUGAGCCUUUUUUUGUUCUCUAAAAAUGGUUUCACCGUGUUUACUUUGCAACUCUGCAGAACAAAAUUAUUGAUACAACUUAUAUCCACGUAUAAUUAAUUGAUGGUGAGACUAUACUGGGCUGCAUCUACGUUGCUUCUUAGCGCCUAUAAUCUUGAGUGCAUUCGGCAAUUGAGAAGAGGCCUUGAAUAUAAAAAAAAACAAACUACUAGCAAUACUCGUGAAUAAACUUUUCGUUCAUUAAUUCAGCGUACUCAUGUGCUUGACAAUGAAUAAUUCUGAAUACGAAGUAUUUACUCCGGCGGUUGCCUGUCAUAUCAUUAUAAAUUAACUGUCGGUAAUAAUGAUCUGUGUCAUUUGGCUGCUAGUCUAUAACAAUGUAAUAUCACGACUGUCUGCUGUGCCUGCACCACAAUUCUAUUGACUUUGCUUGUGUCGUAUGGCUGCCUCAAGAGCAUCGUUCUCGUGUUGAGUGUCGGUGUUUGAAUGUGUUUUCCUCGAGUGUUCAUUCAGUGUUCACAAUUAUGUAAGGUUAUCAAGAGCUUCGAGCGUGAAGGUAUUGCAACGGUUGUCUGUAUGCGUAAGUAAAUUUCUUGAAAGCUUGUGGUUGUAGUCGAGACACGUAAUAAGCGUUGUCGUACCUGCGGCCGCGUCUCGCGAAUGAUUGACGAGCAUUUGAUGUUCUAGUGCGUAGUCUCUGAUCCAAUGUGUGUUAUGGGCGGCCAUAACCUUUCCGUUCGAAUAUAAUCUUCUCAACAUUUACUCAUGUUAUUUGCAUAAAGGGCCCUGUUUCAAAUUACAUACUCAAUAAAGGGAAGAGUGUUAUUAAAAAUAGCCUUAAAUUUGUAUUGCAGGCAGUAAAAUCUUCUAUGAUUCAUCCUUGUAAUGUGCGGGGUACUAACCAAUAUUAAGAUGUUGUCUCUUCCUUUAAGGGAAUAUUUGAAUGUUUUUUAGUUCAUUAGUUGUGUAGGGCGCAGGAGGGCCUACGCCCUUGCUUCUCCUCCUCUCAGUUGGCGUCACCUGAGAGCGUCCAGUGCCGAGGUCUUCCAUUGCGUGUGCUGUUGUGUGAGCAGCUCGACUGCUUCUUUUUUGUCUGGGGUCAUUCUUCUAACUUCAAAUUAAGGUAUGAAUUAUGUCACAUAAAUUAUUUAGGAUGGAAGCAAUAAUACUCGUCAUUUGUUAAGUAGCGCACAGUUUCCCUGCAAGGAACUCCCUCAAAACGAAUGUUUACUUCGUUAUUGAAAUGAAGCCAGAUUCUCUCUUCUGAUUCUUUUACUUCUACAGGCUUCUGUUAACUUCGUUCUGCUGCAUUAGUUGAAAUAAUGUUCGUUAUUGAAUAUGGUACGGAUGAUAAUAUCGGGAAGUCGUUAUUUGCUAGAAUAUUUGCUCAGUUUGCUAUUAAAUUAACUAGACUUUAGAUUUUUGUGCAGCACAUUUCGUACGCAAUGGCAAUUCUAUUUGGUGAUCAAGCAUUAUACGGCAUUUACUGUCCGUUUCUUGCAGGCGUAAAUUUCCGUCUUUCCCUGCGAAAAUUAUCCGUAAAAUUGUUAUUUACAUUAUCUAGAGGAACAUCAUAACAUUAAUUUGUUGUAAGUUAAUGUGUACCAUUUAGGUCAACUUUGAAGGUCUCAAGAUUGCUUGGUGUAGAACAUUUGUAGAACAUUUCAUCAGAAUGGUUGAUAGUCAAUAAUUCUAGGGACCUUAAUCAACUCUGGUGGCUUGGCUUAUGAUGGAUGUACUUUAUUUAUGAAAUAUAUAAUCAUUCACCCAAUAUAUAGUAUAUCCCAUGCAUAUAUACUCCAAAUCCAUGUAUGGAGUACAAAGGAUAUGUUGGCUGGUUAUAUGUAGUCUACUAGCUUAUGAUGGAUGUUCCUAACGUGCAAUUCAUUGAUUAGAAAACUUGAUUGGAAUGAACUCAGCCUUUAAGAACUUUUAAUGCAGAGCAUAAUAAACUUUUAUUGCCUAAGGCCUUGAUUGGCUAAAGUCUUGAUUGAGAGCUUGCUGGACCAACGAUUUAAACAAUAAUGAUUCAAAUAAAAAUAACUGCUCAUUUGCAAUGAAAGCUUCCAUUCCCAUCUCGAACUUGGCGCAAAUUUUGCUCAGUUCAAUCAAUAAACUUGUAUUUAACAUAGUUUUACUAUCAAUGUUAUCUCAUUUAAUGUGUGCGGUGACCAGCAAACUAAGCUGUUCAUCAGUUAUAAUUAACGAUCACAUAUCUCCGCUGACAGUCUCCAGUAGUACGAAGUUUUUCAGUGGUUACUCCAACUGAAAAUUCUAUUAAAUUAUUACAAAUUAUUUACGAUGUGAUUUGAUGUCUUGUAUUUGAUGUCCGGUGUAAAAUUGUACAUCAAGUCUGGAUGGCGUUCAGGGUAAAGCUAUGCAAUUGCUCUGUGAAAUUAUUUAUUUUUGUUUAGUUCAAUUAUCAAGCAGUUGACUUGAGGUGAAGGUUGGCUGUUCGUAUGCAUGCUUUGAACUAUUUUUUGUUUUGAUUUAUAUUUUUUACUUUCUUGUGUGCCUGCUCCAAAUGGUUUACAUUAUCGUAAUUUUUUUGGCGUUCGCUGCAGUUAUGAAUAAUUGUAGUGCUGUUCAUUACGUGGCUUCUUCUAAAUGAUGACACACGUUGAGUCAUGGUAGUUCGGUGCUGUUAUUGGUGCUUCUUUGUUUAUUUUCUCAGAAUAUUUAUUUUCACAGCAUUUCCGAUACGCUGUGCGUGAACCGCUUGCGUAUUUCGCUUUAGUGUAUUGUGAUUUUUUCCUCGACCGGUAUCUCGUACCUGCGUUCUAUUUGUUUAUCCGUGAAGCUUUUUAUUGAUUCUACAUUCAUUUUGUGUUGUUGAAUAAAAAAAAUUACCUUUGCCUUUAUCCUCAUCGUUGGGGUAUUCCUCACAGAGUUUAUUAAGGAAACUGUAGCGUUUCUGCCUUAAUUUUAUGAGCAAUUUACGAUUACCUAUCAUUUAUAUUUUAUGUGUUCUCUUUAUCAUUAAGUCCUAUUUAACGCUCCAAGCCAAAAUUGCAGCUUUUGAAACAUUUUAUCCUGAACGAUGUUCGAGAAUCUAUCAUGUCUGAAUGAUACAUGAUGAAUAUCAGUCAAUCAUCGGACUGCGCGAUUGCCUCCUAUCCAGCGACCGGAGUCGCGAGGUCGAAACCUGUUGCAUUCAUUCGUGAUUUUCGCAUAAUAUGUGUAGCGUUAUUUUUGAUUGGAAAACGUUUUAUCAU